GGAACUCCCACAACCAUGUCUCCUCUCCAUACCGACUUCACCACCACAAUUCGCCCUCGCCGUCCAUCCACAUCAUCAUCGACCACCUCACACACGAAGGUGUCAUAUUCUUCUGAUCCGAUUCCUCACCAACCACAUGGCAUAUCCGACCACAAUCUCCGCCCUCGCAAAUCAUCCAACGCUUCCUCAUCUGACAAUCUCUCUCCACGCUUCUCGGGCGAGUCGAUCGCUUGGUCGAGCGACUCCGAAGCUCCCGGGACGCCAUCUUCAUCCGUCCCUGAAUCGCAGCUUGACCAUGUCGUGGACAAAGUCAAAGACCAGCCUGUCGCCGCUGUCACCUUUACCGGGGACCGGGAGCGACGAGCAUCGACAACACUCCUCUCCGGGGACAACGAGCAGCUGCGUCGAAUUUUGGGCGAUGGACAGGCCGGCACCAAGUUGAUUGAGCGGUAUUGCUGCGGUGGAGGAUGUUGUCUGUCCAAGAAGUUGCCCAUUCGCGCUCCACCGAACCUCGACCCGGUCCAGUUGCCCGAUAACGACGCGUUUCGGGGGUUGCAGCUGAGACUCACACCAUUGAGCCUCAAGACCGAGUUGACCGCCGUCCCUGAGCUCCCGGAAUCCAAGGUUUCCUUCACGUUGAUUACAGAAAACCAGCCGAAGCAUGUCUCUGCGGUCCACAAACAUCCGCCCGACUACCUCCAGCCUCACCCGCCCUACCAUGUCUACUCUGCUCCUCUCUACCAUGCUCGCGAACUCACCAAACCGGGCGCGGAGAAACGGACGUUCCACUUCGACAUCGAUGUGACCGAUUACCCUAGUGAAGGCGGCGUGGAUUUCAAAGUUGGCGGCGCAAUUGGCAUCUGCCCAGCGAACUCGGACGAAGUCGUCGAUUCCAUCUUCAACGCUCUCGGCGUGCCAUCAUUUGUCCGCGACAAGCCCGUCACACUGAACACCACCACCGGCCGAUGGCCGACCAUCUGGGGCGAAGAACAACCACGAUCCCUCCCCACCACCCGCCGCGAGCUCCUCGCCUGGUGCGUUGACCUCCAAUCCCAACCUCCCACCAAACAACUCCUCCGCCUCCUCGCCGAACACACUUCCGCGCCCAACGAGAAGAAAAUCCUUACCUACCUCGUCUCCGCCGAAGGCCAAGGCGCCUUCUGUGACCUCCGCACCGGGCCACACAUCACGGUCCCGCAACUCCUCGCUGCUUUCCCGUCCGCCCGCCCGCCGCUCGACCAGCUCCUCUCCGUCCUCCCGCAGCUCAUGCCGCGCUUCUACUCACUCUCCAACGACCCGCACGUCUCCUCCACCCGCGAAGGCCUCGCCGGCCGCCGCCUGAUCGAGAUGGCUGUGACGGUGCACGAAACCCCCGACUGGGUCACCCACAUCAACCCGUCCACCGGCGCCCAAGAAUCCACCCCCCGCACCGGCGUCGGCUCCGGCUUCCUUGAGCGCAUCGCCCAACAGUUCAUCAGCACCACCGACACCUUCCACCCACCCACUCCGACCCUCCACAUCCCCAUGUUCCGCGGCCUCAUGGCCAACCCUCUCUCUCGCGAAUUCACCUCCGACGGCCCGAUGCUUCUGAUCGGCGCUGGCGUCGGCAUGGCGCCGUUCCGCGGGUUCAUCCUCAACCGGCUGCGCACGGCCAACUGCGCCAACAAGAUAUGGCUGAUCCAGGGGAUCCGCGACGCGUCGCUCGACGAGCUGUAUCGCGGGGAGUUGGGUCCCGAGGAGCUGGAGCGCCAGAUUAAGCGCGUCGUGCAGAGCCGGAAGCCGACGUUGCGUACCGUCGCGUCGAGUCCGGAGGGGUCGGCGCCGGGGUCGCCGGCGUUGAAGGCCACAGCCACGCCCAUUACAAAUGGUGAUACGAACAGCGCGAACGACAGCACUGCCAACACCGCGCUCGCCGUUCCCCCCUCCGCCGCGCCGCUCACCCCCGUCGUCACCGAAGUCAAAUACGUGCAAGACGAGGUGCGCGCGCAGGCGGAAACAGUAUGGUACGUAGCGAACGCAGUGGACGGGCGAGUGUUUGUGUGCGGGAGCAGUAAGGGGAUGGGGGAGGGGGUGGAGGACGCGUUGGUAGGAGUGGUGAUGGAGAAGGGGGGCGUGAAUGAGGAUGAGGCGCGGGAGUUUUGGGCGCGGAAGAGGGCGGAGGGGGGGUAUAUUGCGGAGACGUGGUAGUUGGAUAUGGACUGAAUAUUCCGCUACAGAUAUGCCUUUUAGUCUGAUGCGGUUCCGGACUGCUAGACGCGCGUUCCUAGACCCUGAUCUUUAGAGCAUUCCCUAGACCCGGAUACAUGCACAUUUACCUACCUCACACCCACU